AUGCGGUGCAAGCUGGGAACAGAGCAGCGGAUGGAGCGAGGAGGCGCCGCUCCUGUGCUCUGGAGAGUCCCUGGAGCUGGUCUGUUCUACGGAAUCCAGUGGGGCCAGGCGGGGCAUGCCCGGCAGCCCCCGGCCGGCCCGUCAGCAUUGUUUGUCCAGCACGAUGCUGCUCAGCUCUACCUCACGUUCUGGAACCUUCUUAAGGAUCAAAUAGAUGAUGUGGACUUGGUAGAGAGGCUGCAGGCCCUGUACACGAUCCGGGUGAAGGAGUCCCUGGUUUGCCUCCUCUGUACCAGAGAGAGCAGUAGGAACAGCAGUAUGCUGACCCUCUCCCUCCCUCUCUAUGACGUGGACGCAAAGCCUCUGAAAACACUGGAGGCCCUGCGCUGUUUUUUCCACCCCAGGGAGUUAGCCAGCAAGAGCAAGUGGUUCUGCGAGGCCUGCGGGACGAAGACGCGUGGAAGCCAGGUCUUGAGGAUGACGCAUCUGCCCCAAACCCUGACCCUUCACCUGAUGCGAUUCUCCAUUCGGAACUCACAGACGGAGAAAGUCUGCCACUUGCUGCACUUCCCUCAGCGCUUGGAUCUCAGUCAGGUUCUUCUGGCUGAGCAUCAAGACUUCACUGAGGACGCAGAGCAGCGUGAAGCACAGUAUGAACUCUUCGCUGUGAUAGCCCACGUAGGGAUGGCAGACUUCGGUCAUUACUGUGCCUACAUUCGGAAUCCAGCGGAUGGAAGAUGGCUCUGCUUCAAUGACUCCAAUGUUUGUUGGGUGUCCUGGGAAGACGUCCAGUGUACCUAUGGAAAUCAUCACUACCGCUGGCAGGAAACUGCAUAUCUUCUGGUUUACAUGAAGAUUAGAGGUUAAUGGAUAUACUCUAAACCUUCAGAGACUGACAAAUUCAUUUCUUUUCCUGUCAUUGGAUCUGCUGAGUCUUCUAGGAGAUUCUACAAUGAGGAAAAACAUAAAAACUGUAAUAAUUUAAGUCUUAAGUUAUAACCAUGAAUGGGUACUGGUGUGGUUUGGAUGUGGUUUGUCUCCAAAGGUCCUGUGACAGAGGCCUGGUCCCUUGUCUAGCAAUGUUGUGGGGCAGAAUCUUUUGAGAGCUGAGGCUUGUGCAGGGCAUCUGUGGCUCAUGCUUGAAAUUCUAGCUACUCAGGAGGCUUUGAGAGUUCAAAUCCAGAUAGGGCAGAAAAAGCCUUGAGACUUACCUUCCAUUGACAACUGAAACAAAAGC